AUGCUCUUCUCCUCGGAGAGCUCCUGCAACAUCACGGGAGGAAACUGCAGCGAUGGGUUCAACUUCACGCGGCUGGACUCCGGAGACGCAGCUGGAAACAGCAGCGGGAGGAGGAACGACACCGACCCGUUCGGGCGGAACGAGGAGGUGGCCAAGCUCGAGAUCACCGUCCUGAGCGUCGCCUUCGUCGCGGCGGUGGCGGGGAACGUGAGCGUGCUGCUGGCCAUGCAGAGGACCCGGAGGAAACCGUCUCGCGUGCACCUGUUCAUGAAGCACCUGAGCCUCGCGGACCUGGUGGUGGCCUUCUUCCAGGUGCUGCCGCAGCUCUGCUGGAAGAUCACCUUCCGCUUCUACGGGCCGGACUCUCUGUGCCGCAUCGUGAAGCACCUGCAGGUGCUGGGCAUGUUCGCCUCCACCUACAUGAUGGUGAUGAUGACCCUGGACCGCUACAUCGCCAUCUGCCACCCGCUGCAGACGCUCCAGCAGCCAACGCAGCGCGCGCACAUCAUGAUCGGCUCCACCUGGUUGUGCAGCCUGGUCCUCAGCCUCCCGCAGUACUUCAUCUUCUCCCUCAGCGAGGUGCACCCGGGCUCCAAGGUGUACGACUGCUGGGGCCACUUCGUGGAGCCGUGGGGGCUGCGCGCGUACAUCACCUGGAUGACGGUUGGCAUCUUCCUCGUGCCCGUGGCCGUGCUCGUGUUCUGCUACGGACUCAUCUGCCGCACGAUCUGGAGGAACCUCAAGUACAAGACCCGGAGGAAGACCGUGGGCUCGGUGGCAGAGGCCACCAAGACCGGGAUCCUGGGCCGCGGCUCGGUGAGCAGCGUCGGCACCAUCUCCCGCGCCAAAUUACGCACGGUGAAGAUGACGUUCGUGAUCGUGCUGGCGUACGUGGUGUGCUGGGCGCCGUUCUUCACCGUGCAGAUGUGGUCCGUGUGGGACCAGAGCUUCUCCUUUGCCGAAUCUGAGAACACCACGGUGACGCUCACCGCCCUGCUGGCGAGCCUCAACAGCUGCUGCAACCCCUGGAUCUACAUGAUCUUCAGCGGGCACCUGCUGUCGGACUUCGCCGGCAGCCUGCUGUGCUGCCGCUCGCUGAGGACCAGGUUCAGCCACCAGGACUCGGACAGCAGCAUCCGGCGGACCACGCUGCUGUCACGUCUGCAGGGUUCGCGCCUCUCCGAGCCCUUCAGAGACCUCGACCCGGCACCUAAGAACUGUCCGCAGGGCCCGACUGCAUCCUGAUUACUGGGAACGGUCCAUGUGUGUCUGGGUGGUUUUGGUUGUUU